AUGAUUCAUAGGGUGCCCAACGACCUGCCUGCCAUCACAUGGAUACCUGUCGAAGUCGCAGCCAAGGCCGUCUCUGAGGUGGCUCUGCUGCACGACAUCCAAAAUUUGCCUCAAGAGGUUGCGCCACCUAGAGUUUAUCAUGUCAUGAACCCGAAAGCUGUCGAUUGGGCGGCAUUCGUGCUGGCUUUUAAGAAUUGCAACUCCAGCAGGGAGUUGAAGGAUGUGCCUUUCGCAGAGUGGACUGGUCACCUCCAGCAGGUGAACCCAAGCUCCAUGUCGGAGCAAGAUGCGGUUAUAAUCAAGAAGUCACUCCCAUUCUUUGAAGAACUUUCUGAGACGAUCACACGAGGACUGAGCAUGCAGCCAGGCUAUGAGUUAGGUAAAACAAUCGUGUCCAGCAAGGCCCUAGCGAAUGCAGCAGCUGUUGACAACGUUUCACUUUGUCUAUGGAUGAAGCAAUGGAAUAUCUAA